GACAAAAAAUUAGCCAAUAGCAAUGCAGGUGUACUAUUUACAUCCUAAGUGAAAGGUGGUCACAAGUUCUGAGCAAUUUAUGUGAUAUGUUUUUGUUUUACGUUUAAUAAAGGGGAAAGCAAUCUUAUUUUGUUGAAAAUAUGUCGUCUAAUGCUAUCGGCCCAGCGUUGCCUCCCCAUCUGAGGAAAGAUAAAGACGAGAAGGACUCCAGUUCGGAUGAUGAACUCGUCGGUCCUGCGUUGCCUCCCGGGUACAAACGAGGCGAUCCGAGUUCUUCGGACGAAAGUGAAAACGAUGUGUCGGUAAAAAGGGUCAAAACAAGCCACUCCACUGAAAAUCAACAAGAAAAUUCAAAGACUGAAGAUGAUUAUGUCGAUGACGAUGGGUUCUUUGGACCAGCUCUUCCACCAGGAUUCAAGAAACAGCAGAGCUCACCUGAAAUGACCCUUGUAAUAGGACCAGCCUUACCACCUGGUUUUCGUAGAUGGUCUGGUGAUGAUGAUGAGGUUGAUGAUGAAGAUGUAGCAGGUUUUUCAGGACCAGCUCUGCCUCCUGGAUACCAGCACCAGGCAUACAGCAGUGAGGAUGAGGAUGCGAUUGGACCUAUGCCAUCCAAAGGACCCAUCAAAGACUCCAUGGCUUUGGACAUUGAACGAAGGGCACAAAGAAUGAAAGAUAAGCUGUUAGGAAAUGAGGCUCCAGUUAUGCCCACACGGGAAUCAUGGAUGACAGAACUCCCGCCUGAACUACAACAUAUCGGCCUUGGUGCUCGGACGUUCAAAAAAAGAUCUGGUCCAGAGAAAAGUGACCGCUCAAUUUGGACAGAUACAGCUGCAGACCGAGAGCGCAAAGCCAGGGAGCAUCUUGAAGCGAAAAACAAAGAAGAAAAGGGUAAAGAUAGUGCCCCACAGCUCUCCAGAAAAGACAUUGAGAUGGCAGAGAAAGUAUCCAAAUAUAAUGAGUCCAAACGUGCUGAGUCUCUCAUGAGUUUACACUCAAAGAAGAUGAAGGAGAAGGCCAAAGAAAAGGUAGAUCAGCCAGUGGAGAGGAGGCCAUUUGAUCGAGAUGCAGACCUUCAAGUAAACCGCUUUGAUGAAGCUCAGAAGCAAAGACUGCUGAAAAAAUCUCAAGAACUUAACACACGCUUCUCCCACAGCAGGGACCGAAUGUUUCUCUGAGGAUUUAUUUCUGUUUAGAAAUCAAUGAAUCUCUUUAUAAUGACAUAAACACCCUUAGCUGUUCCUUGUCAGUUUGUAAUAUACAAGUUGUUAAUUUUGCUUUUACUUGAGCUAAAAACAAAUAAAAUGGCAAAUGUUUAGUCUAAAAGUGCCACACGAAGGACCACAUUUGUAAUUAGGUAGUACUGAAUAAAAACUGUAUAAUGUUGAAGAUGUGUUAUUUUAAAUAUCUAGUUUGUCUGAAUAAUUUUUCAUUUUUGAUCUUCCAUCGUUUAACAUAAAAUGAUAUGAA